CAAAAUUUAACAUUCCAACACACAACACAAGAUUCUUCUCUCCUUCUUCUUCUUCUUCUUCUUCGCCAUCACACCCCACUCAUUCUUCACCUUCACCUUCUCUCUCUUGAUGUGUGACUGCGACCACGACCACUGGGUCAAGAUGGCCAUGGUUGACGACUCUCUUGUCGCCAACCUUCUCCUCCGUCUCCACCAACCAAACAAACCCACCGCCUCUCCCUCUCUCAACGUCCACUGGACCGUCCGUCAGCGCCGCUCACGGCGCCGCUCUCUCGCCGACAAGAAAACGGAAUCCGCCAGGGCCAGCCCUACCACGCCGCUCUCCUGGAGCGCCGCCACGUCAGCAAGCGCCGACGCACGUGACGGCGGAUUUGAAGAUUCCAGCCGCCCAACCAAACCGGUCGAUAGCUCAAGAUCUAAGGUUGGUGAUCGAAGUGAAACUGCAACUGCCAAAAAGUCAAGGAAAAAGAGGACUCUAGCUGAACUACAAGAGGAGGAGAGGUUGUUGUUGAAAGAAAGGAGAAAUUUGAAAAACGAACUGGCAUCCUUGCAUCUCGCUUUUGAGAAACAAAGAGCCAGAAAUGAAAGCUUAAAGAGAAUGAAGCUUGAUUUGGGGUCAAGACGGACGUUUAAAAUAGUUACAAACUCUAUGGUGUCCGAUAAAACUGUCUUUGAACCACCUGAAAUUGUGGAGGCACACUCUCAUCCAUCUGUAUUAGUUUCACCGCAAACAGUCAAAGAUAAGGUUCUUGAUGAUGAACCACUUAUCUGUGCAGCAAAUGCUUCUUCCAACCAAAAAGAUAGUAGUAACCAAGAAUCUUCAUUCUUGCUGCCUGAUCUAAAUCUGCCUGCAGGGGAGGAUUUCUACCCGAAUGUCAGUUGCUGAAAUAAGUUAAUAUAGAAUCUGAUGUCAACUGAUAUUCUGCAUACUUAUAUGUUAGACCGCGGCCGUUGUUUGUACUUUGUAGUACACACCUUAAAAAAAUCUAAAAUCAGUACUCACCUAGGUUGUGCUAAUAAUAUAAUUGUAGGUGCUAAAGCAUUCACUUCAUCACUUAGACAAACUCACUGGAAAUUAUUUUUUGAUUCAUGAUGGUACCAAGGGUAAGUAUAGAGAUCCUCACACAUCAGGCACAAUUCCAUUCUUUCUUUCACCGGUUUCUACGUUGUCCAAGAUUCUUUGGGGCCAAUCUUCAUCCUUCUCCUCCUUCAGUAUUGAAAUAUUUAAUGAUAAAUGUAAUUACAUGGUCUACAGAUAAAUCAAGAAUUUUGAUUUUA